AUGAAUCAAAAGCAAAAAUCAUUUAAAAAUUUACAUCAAUGUUUAAGUCGUAAUACAAAACAAGAAAAAGUAACUGAAAGAUAUAGAUAUUUUUAUUUAUUUGAACAACAUCAACAACAACAACAAGUUAGAUUUGUAAAAUUAUUAGAUUUAGUUUAG